AUGACCGAGGACGCCAGAGGGCGGGCGGUCAACCCGUCCUGCCCCAACGCCGCCAACCCUUUCCACCGCUGCGCCGAGUACUGCCCCGUCGCCGCCCCCGCGGGCAAGUCACCGGCGGCGCCGCCGCCGCCUGGCCGCGCGGUGCAGAACGGGACCGGACCGCGCGGCGACGGAGCGGGAGGGGCGAGGCAGCAGGCGGUCAACCCGGACUGCCCCAACGCCGACAACCCCUUCCACCGCUGCGCCGACUACUGCCCCGUCGCGCCCCCGGCGGUGAAGUCGCCUCCGCUGCCGCCGGGCCUCGGGGGCCAGAACGGGAGGACGCACAGCGACGGCGACCUGCAGCCCAGGACGCGCCGCCGCGACAGGGCCGGCGGCUCCGGCGGCGGCCUCCCCCUCUACGUCUUCCUGCGUGAAGGCUCCUCGGACGGAGAAGGCAAGAAGGUGGAUCCCCGGUGCCCCAACGCGCCCAACCCGUUCCACGUCUGCACCAACCACUGCCUCGCCAAGAUGGUCGAGGGCGGCCGCUCGUCGGAGGGUGGCAAAUCCCCCAUUUCCCUCUUCUCCCGCCACUCCGGUCGCUCCACCUCCUCUUCGGAAGAUGGCAGCGUCAAGUCCGGGGGCAGCAAGAAGGCGGAUCCAAAAUGCCCGAAUGCCGGCAACCCUUUUCAUGAAUGUGGAGAGCAUUGUACCACCAAGAUGAAGGAACUGGAGAAGCAGAAGAAAGCCGAUAAGAAGUCGCCACGCAGGAAAGGUGGGAAGGAUGGCGCCGUGGUGCAAAAUUGGAAGGUCGAUCCGAGGUGCCCAAAUGCGGGCAAUCCGUUUCAUAUAUGCGCCCAGUACUGUUUCGAUCAUUUGAACGAAGCGCCAUCAACACCUACAAGCAAGCCAGACUCAAGAAAGGGAAAGGCUGUCAUGAAAUCAGAGCCAACAGGAGAAAUCAAUCCUGAUUGUGUCAAUGCAUCCAAUCCGUAUCAUAAAUGUGGAGAAUAUUGCAAAAGAAAUGGCAACAGAUAG